CCUUGCCUUGUCCAUUCUUCGCGUUCUGCGGAGUCCGGAGUCCAGAGUCCAGCCACCCUUCUCAGUUCUAACGACCUCUCAAGCCACCUCGUUUUGCAGCCGCCGGCCCAGCCUUCAUCGUUCGCCGGCAACGCCAAUCCUCUCCGUCGCGAUAUCGCAGUCAGGUUGUCAGUGAUGGACUCGAACACUUUUGUUGAAGAAAAUGAAACUUCAGAUCCGACAAAUAACGUAGAAGAGCCUGGUAACAGUGUAGAAGAGGCUUCUGAGCUUCCUUCACCACUUCAAAAUCAUAUAGAUGAUGGGAAAGCAGAAGUUGCAAAGAAGAAAAAGAAGAAAAAUAAAAGCAAGAAAAAGAAAGAAAUACCAGCGCAGACUGAUCCACCGUCAAUUCCUGUUCUUGACCUUUUCCCAUCUGGAGAUUUCCCUGAAGGAGAAAUUCAGCAGUACAAAGAUGAUAACCUCUGGAGGACUACAUCUGAGGAGAAGAGAGAGUUGGAGCGCCUUCAGAAACCAAUAUAUAAUUCAGUUCGUCGGGCAGCGGAAGUUCAUCGUCAGGUUCGCAAAUAUAUAAGAGGCAUUGUGAAGCCUGGAAUGUUGAUGACUGACUUGUGUGAAACUUUGGAGAACACUGUUCGUAAGCUAAUCUCAGAGGAUGGUCUGCAAGCUGGCAUUGCAUUUCCCACAGGAUGCUCAUUGAAUUGGGUUGCUGCUCACUGGACCCCAAACACAGGAGAUAAGACUGUGCUUCAAUAUGAUGAUGUAAUGAAGUUGGAUUUUGGAACUCAUGUAGAUGGGUACAUAGUCGACUGUGCAUUUACAGUGGCAUUUAACCCUAUGUUUGAUCCACUGCUUGAAGCCUCUCGUGAAGCAACCAAUACGGGUAUUAAGGAAGCAGGAGUUGAUGUGCGCCUUUGUGAUGUUGGUGCUGCAAUCCAAGAGGUCAUGGAGUCAUAUGAGGUUGAGAUUAAUGGGAAGGUGUAUCAAGUGAAGAGCAUACGGAAUUUGAAUGGACAUAGCAUAGGCCGUUACCAAAUCCAUGCUGGUAAAUCAGUUCCAAUUGUGAAAGGAGGAGAGCAGACAAAAAUGGAGGAGGGUGAAUUUUACGCCAUUGAAACCUUUGGAUCAACUGGGAAAGGAUAUGUAAGAGAAGAUUUGGAGUGCAGUCACUACAUGAAGAAUUUCGAUGUUGGUCAUGUCCCGCUGAGAUUGCCUAGAGCAAAGCAGCUGUUAGCCACUAUUAACAAGAACUUCUCCACUUUGGCCUUUUGUAGACGGUAUUUGGAUCGCCUUGGCGAGACUAAGUACUUAAUGGCAUUGAAGAACCUGUGUGAUUCUAAUAUUGUUCAGCCUUAUCCUCCUCUGUGCGAUGUGAAGGGAAGCUAUGUAUCACAAUUUGAGCAUACGAUCUUGCUCCGACCAACAUGCAAAGAAGUUAUUUCGAGGGGUGAUGAUUACUAAUGUCAAAUGUCCCCACUAAUGAGUAUAUUAGUUCCCUUUUCGGUUUGUAUGAGUAAUCUUCAAUUUAGUAUGUUGAAAAUUUUUAGAGGUAUUUUGGAUUGUGCUAAACUUUCACUAUAGGAAUUACUGAACAGUUAUUAUUACUUUAAAUCCGAACAAAAUGUGGAUGUUUUCAGUCGGAUUGGGAAUAUUAAGGGGUCGUUUGGUUCAUCGAAUCAUAGGUAAUAGAAUGUAAUGUAAUAACAGGGAAUGUAAUACAAUGCAAAGAAGAUUACAAUGAAUUUGUUUGGUUCAA